GGCGAAGCAACUUUAAGUCGAGACUACGGAGCGUGCGUUACAUUGUUUAUCAUGUUUUUGAAAAUUAUUCCUGUUUGUGCGAUAUUAUUAUGCAUAAUUGAAGUCCAAGGAAAUGAAGUCACCUAUGUCACACUUAAUGUUGGUACUAAAAUGCCUACUUUGGGUCUAGGAACCGCUCUAGCUUUUGACAAAGAAGUGGAAAAUGCUAUAGAUGUAGCCCUAGAAGCAGGUUACAGACACAUCGACACUGCCACCGUUUAUCAAAAUGAAGAGGCUAUUGGCAGAGCUCUAAACCGAUGGAUAUCUUCCGGCAAAGUUAACAGAAGUGAAUUGUUCAUUGUGACGAAAUUACCUCCAUACGCACUGAGGCCCGAAAAUGUGGAGGAUUUGCUUAAACAGUCGUUGAAGAAACUGCAACUGGACUAUGUAGAUCUUUACCUCAUCCACCAUCCUUUUGGACUGAAGUAUCCUACCGGAAAUUUCAGCUUCUCCAGCGCCGAGCUGGACCCGACCACCGAUCAUGUGGCUGUUUGGAAGAAAUUGGAGGAGCAAGUUGACAAAGGACUUACUAAAGCGAUUGGAGUUUCUAACUUCAACAUUUCACAGAUCACCAAAAUUUUGGACAAUUCGAGAAUCAAGCCUAGUAACUUGCAAAUCGAAUGUCAUUUAUAUUUGCAGCAAAAUGAAUUGGUUGACUUUUGCAAAAAGAACGACAUUGCUGUUACCGCAUACUCUCCAUUGGGUUCGCCGGGUUUGGACAGGAACCCCGCGUUUGUGAAGAUUAAAGUUCCUGAAAUUUUGAAUAACCCGGUUGUAAUUAAAAUUGCUGAAAAACACAAGAAGUCUCCAGCUCAAGUUUUGUUAAGAUUUACAAUACAAAGAGGUCUGAUCGCCAUUCCUAAGAGUACUAAUCCAAAGAGGAUAAAGGAAAAUAUCGACAUUUUUGAUUUUGCUUUAGAUGAAGAGGAUGUUAAAGCACUUAGCGAACUCAACAAAGACACAAGAAUUAUUGAUUUCACUCAUAACAAAAACGUUAAAUCACAUCCAGAAUAUCCGUUUUAGGAGGAUCAUAAUUAUAUCAAAACCAUCAAUCACAAUUUUAUACGUAAUACAAGUUAUCAAAAAAGACAUUUUGAGAUGAAUAAAGAAGUCUACAGAUAAAAA